UGUUCCUUCUGCCGUGUCCGUUAUACUUGGCACUGCUCUCGCAAACUAUUACCCUGGCUCAGCUGAGCGCACUUCUCUCUCUCUGGCACGUUCACUCUCUCACGCGCGCGCACUCUCUCUCUCGAAGACUGCGGCUAUAAAAGUCAGCUGCGCUCUGAUCCCGGUACUCAUUUGUUCUCAGCUCGUCGUCGUGUAAACAUCCAUCCAUCGACCUUUUAUUCUCGUAUCGUUCGCUCUGCUUUGCUCGUUCGUGUGGUGGUUUCUCUGGAUUAUUACUAAUAUUAACCAAAAAAAAUAUGAAAAUGUUGAAAAAACGGACACAUUAACAAACAACCACAUAAAUAUUCAUACCUACACAAAUGCAAUACUAGUUUAUAAUUAAAAACAAAUACAAAUGCAGCCAAUAACGGACUACCAAGUGCAAACCUAAUAAAAACCAACAACAAGAUCAAACGAAAGGAAACUGUAAAUUUCCAACGAAAAUAAAACAAACUGUAAAUGUGUGCCCACAAGUGACGAAGGAAACUAAAAAAAAUUGUGUUUUAGCAAUUUUUUUAAGCGACCAAUAUCUAAAGGAAUCAAAAAUAUUACAAAUUUUUUUGUGAAAAACUCCAAAACAACAAAAAUCAAUUUUCAAAAUGCUGUGGGAAACAAUUGCCGAAGAAACCAACUGCACGAUGGAUUGCAAUAGUAGCAGCAAUAAGAUGAACAAUGCCUCCUCCACACGCCGUGCUCGUCGAUCGCUCGACUUGAUGGCCAUGGAUUCAGAAGAUUUGUCCUUCUACGAUGAGGAGCUACCAAUGGCUCCACAACAGCGCUCACAAAGUCCCGAAUUGAUGGGUCUGCUCUCACCCGAAGGAUCGCCGCAACGAUUUGAAAUUGUGCGCCAACAGAAGCUACCAAUGCCCAGCUCGAUGGCCAGCAGUAAUCAUCACUCUAGUGCCACUCCAGCACGCAGUUUUCGCGUAUUCAAUAGCCUAUCAUCCACUUGCUCUAUGGAAUCCUCCAUGGAUGAUGAGUACAUGGAGCUAUUUGAAAUGGAAUCGCUGGCUGGCCAGCAAUCGAGCUCAUUGGGUUUUCCAAGUGGUCUUAAUUCCCUGAUCAGUGGACAAAUCAUUAAAGUAGCUUCUCCAGCCACUACAACCAAAUCGCCAAACUCAUCAUUGACCAUGAUGCGUCGUCCCUCGGUCCGUCGCUGUCUCAGCAUGACCGAAACGAAUAGCAAUCAGCUAACGCUAUCCCAACAAACACAACCAAAGACGCCAGAAAUUCUAAAAGAGACUGCCCGGGAUUGCUUCAAGCGUCCCGAUCCACCAGCAUCGGCCAGCUGCUCGCCCAUACAGAGCAAGCGUCAUCGCUGUGCUGAAAAGGAGAACUGCCCCGCCUCACCCGCCGCCACCGUACUAACACCCACACCCGCCACCAACAGCAGCACAAUCAUCUCGCACCCACCACCAUUGCGAAAAUGUAUGUCCCUGAACGAUGCCGAGAUCAUGUCUGCUUUGGCUCGCUCCGAAAAUCGCAAUGAACCCGAAUUGAUUGGUGACUUUAGCAAGACCUAUUGCCUGCCCCUGAUGGAGGGACGUCAUCGUGAUCUCAAGUCAAUCUCAAGCAAUACAGUGGCUCGUCUGCUUAGUGGGGAAUUUAAUGACCAGGUGGCCAGCUAUCGCAUCAUUGACUGCCGGUAUCCAUACGAAUUCGAAGGCGGACACAUUGAGGGCGCCAAGAAUCUAUAUACCCAUGAACAGAUUCUCGAAGAGUUCCUGUCCACCCAACAGACUGAGCUGCAGCAGCAGCAGAAUAAUGAAUCGGGCAGCAAGCGUAACAUUAUCAUUUUCCAUUGCGAAUUCUCAUCGGAGCGUGGACCAAAAAUGUCGCGUUUCCUGCGCAAUUUGGACCGUGAGCGCAAUACAAAUGCCUAUCCGGCUCUGCAUUAUCCGGAGAUUUAUCUUCUACACAAUGGCUACAAAGAGUUCUAUGAGACGCACUCUGAAAUGUGCGAACCUCAGACAUAUCGCCCCAUGCUGGAACCAGCCUACAAUGAAGCCUAUCGCCAUUUCCGUGCCAAAUCCAAGUCAUGGAAUGGUGAGGGCGGUCUGGGCGGUGCCACCGGAAGGCUAAAGAAGUCACGAUCACGGCUUAUGCUGUGAUGACCUUAACUUAAAAGGGGAGGGGGUGUAUAAUUAUUGUACAUAUAUAGAUAUAUAAUCUGAAUGUAAAAUGGAGGAGAGACAGGAACCUGGGUAUUUAUUUCACUAAAGAUUUUUAAGUUGAUUUUUGUUGAUUUUCAUUUGUUAAAUUAGAGUUUAAGGACCGAAAAGACCACCCACCAACACACUCACACACACACACACACACACACACACAAUUUAUUUUCCCAUUUAAUGUAAACUCGAUUUUUAUUUAGUUUCUUUUGUUUUUGAAUGGAUAUUUUGGCUUUAGUUGAAUAUUAUUUUUUAGCACUUUAGUUCAAAUUUUAACGUAACAAACAAACAAAAAAUGUGCAUUAUAAGCUAAAAAAAAAAAACACAAUUAAAAAAAACAAAAAACAUACAACCGAAAUUAUAUACUGUCAUUAAUUUUAAGUAAAAACAAAUCCCUUAAUCAUGACUAGUUAGUUACAUAAGCAGUUAAACAAAAUGGCUAAAAAAUCUCAAAAAUCGCACACACACACACACACAACUCAUUCAACAAACAUUUACAACAUUUUAAAUUUAAACAAUUUCUAAGUAUUACAUACAUAAGGAUGGAGAGAAAAGUCGAAAGUUAAAAACUUCUGCUCGGUACAAUUUACGCUUAUUAUUUGUUUUAAUUUUUAUAAUUGUAAUUCAUCCCAAAACAAAACUCUCGAAAAACAAAAAACAAAAGAAAGUCCCCACCCCCUAAUUAUUUUGUAAUGAUUAUUUUAAGCAAAGCUUAUUUUUGCAUCAAAAAAGGCAAUAUUAUUGAACAAAGAUGUCCGAAAAAUUUUAAAUAUAACUUAAGAACUGAACUGAAAACAAA